AUGUCUUCGCCCGUGAAGAUACGCGUCGGCGGUGGCGCCGGCUCGAAACCCAAGUCGAAGAAACCGAAUGCCGUCCGCCGCAUUAUUCUCCAUGAGGAGCGCAACCGCGAGAGUUCCGUAGCCUCGACGGCAUCUAGCAGCACCCCUGCCGCUCCUGCGGCAUCCAACCGUCCUCAGUGCAAAAACCCCAACUGUACCAAAUCUGAUGUCAGGGACGGAGCCUGCCAGAACUGCGGUUACGUCGUCUACGAGAGCAACAUCGUCGCUGAAGUCACUUUUGGAGAAACUGCCAACGGUGCUUCUGUGGUCCAUGGUACCCAUGUCGCCGCUGACCAAGGUGCCAUUCGCCCCAGUGGAGGUGGUCUGGCCUUCCGUCGUGUCGCUGGUGCUGGCGCCAGCGAGGCUCGUGAACGCAGUCUUAGGGAGGCUAAGCAGCUUAUGACUCAGUUCGCCUAUCAGCUCCAGAUCCCUCCUCACGUUACUGAAAAGGCCUUCCAGCUUUACAAGGUUGCUGCCAACAGUAACUUCAUCCAGGGUCGUCGCAAGAACACUGUGGCGGCUAUCUGUCUCUAUGCAACCUGCCGCAAGGAGGAGAACAACAAGGUCAUGCUCAUCGACUUUGCCGACAUCAUCAAGACCGAUGUCUUCCUUCUGGGUCGUAGCUACAAAGAGCUGCUUGCCUUGCUUCCGGAUGUCAAGGAAGGCUCAAAGCCAGUCAUCAUUGAAGACCUUAUUUUCCGUUUUGCCAGCAAGCUUGAGUUCCUGCACGAUACUAACAAAGUGGCCAUGUCGGCCAUCCGCAUCGCGCAACGUAUGCGCCAUGACAAUAUCACUCACGGUCGUCGGCCUGCUGGUAUCUGUGGCGCAGCUCUCAUCAUGGCCGCUCGUGCCCACAACUACCGCCGCACAGUUAGGGAGGUGGUUUACAUCGCCAAAGUUACCAUGGCCACGCUUCAGGAGCGUAUGGAAGAGUUCGCCAAUGUUCCGUCUGCUCAAAUGACAGUCCAGGAAUUCCACGAGUCUGACAAGCUCCCCGAGACGUCACACGACCCCCCGUUCGUGUACAAACAGUCCAAGGAGUGGCAGGAGAAGCAUCCCAAGCGCACCAGAAAACGUAAGGCCGCGUCAACUGCUUCCUCUAACGGAGCCAUAGACGAGAAUGCAGCCAAGCGUCAGAAGACGGGCCAGGACCAAGUUUCAUCUACCGGCACCGAGUCAAGCACCCAGGCCACAUCACCUCCCCAAGCAUCGCUGAACCAUGGCUCUUCUGAGGCUGGUGUGAACCCCUUGAGUGAGGAGGAGCUCGCUCUUGUAGGUGCAGCCAUCGAGAACCCUGAGGAUCAAUUGGAAGAUUUGGCCAAGGCCUAUGGCUCUGGGGCCGAGGAAUCCGAUGAGGAGUCGGAGGAAGAAGAACUGGACCCAAGCAGUGAGAUGGCGAUGGCAGCCGCGCAGGGCAUUCAUGUCCCUGGAGUGAACAUCAAGAUCAAGCCUAGGAAUACCCCCGGGGAUGGCAGCCAGGGAGCAACGAAUGAAACCAGAGCAGGUGGUAAGAGGACGCGCAAGCAGAAACCCACUUUGCGCAUCGAUGAAGAAUGGGAGUUGGAUGAGAACAACCUGGAAAAAGAGAUGCAGGGCCAUUUGAAUGAUCCUGCCCUCAUUGGUGCCUCAGAGCAAGUCGCCAGGGACAUCGAACAGCGUCGCGAGAGAGAGAAGGCGGCGCGCCAAGGGCUGGAGUCAGCUAAAAACGCUGCGAACAAGACCAAUUCCUCUACUACCGUCACGGCAACCACGAAUCAACCCCAGCAAAACCCUGAACAACCCUGGGAUCCCCGAUUCACACCCCCGUCUAAGGUCUCUGAUGACCCGAUCAUUCACGAGGAUGAAUUCGCGGAUGACCCGGAGGUUAUAUAUUGCAAGUUGGACGAGAAGGACGUCAUGAUCAAAGAGAUGAUUUGGGCCAAUCACAACAAAGAUUACAUGCGCAAAAUGCAGCAGAAGAUAUUCGAGGCCAAGAUGGCGCAGAACGGCCCGCCGAAGCCGAAGCGUAAUCGCGCCAAGAAGCCCCGCAUUGGUGAGGGCCAGACGGCACCCGCAGGCUCUGCGCUUGAGGCGGCUCAGAACAUGCUGCGCACUCGCGCAAUCAGUUCCAAGCUUGAUUACUCGCGCAUGGGUAACCUCUUCGACCCUAAGGGCAGUCUGGGCAGUAAGUCUGGGGCGACUAGUACCAAUGGCGAUCACAGUGCCCGUGGCAGCUCCGCAACCAGCGAUGCUGGAGACCACAGAGAAGGGUCCCACAAGAAUGGGAACAGGGCAUCGUCAGUCACUAGCCAGACCACAUCUACGACAAAGGCUGCGUCGGCUUCCGAGGCGGCCGUCAAGGCCCUUGCCAGUCUGGCCAACGAAAGCCAGGAAGAAGAUGGUGACGAGGAUGACUAUGAUAACAAUGACGACGGUUAUGGUGGUGAAGAAGACUACGAAGAGGAUGGAUACAUGGAGGACUUUGAUCCGUUCGGUGGCGAUGAUGAAUGA